AUGAAUACGACUAAUAAGAAUUUAAUUAGACAAAUUUUUGACUUUGACAAUACUGAAGAAAAAGAUCUUUUAAAUUUUCAAGAUGACUUAAAAAAGGUUGCUAUUUCUUUUAAUUUAAAUGGCUCAAUAGAAGAAAAGUGGUCAUUUUUUAAAAAUAAUUUAUUGAAAAUUAAACAACAACAUAUUCGAUCUAAAGAAAUUAUCAAAUUGAGUUUUGAAAGACUCGCUCUAAAUUGGAAACACUACAAUAAUUAUUUAAAACAUCUUGUUAAAAGACAUUCAAUAGAUGAAGUGAAUUCAACGUAUCUCUUAUUACAACAUAGAUUAAGUCGAUUCUUGAUAGGUCAAUAUGUUAAGGAAUUAAAUGAGAUAUAUGACAAUAAACAUUGUGCAGAUUUAGCAGAUAAUCAACGAAGAAUGAUUGAUAAUAUUACUGAAAAUGAGAUGAAAAAAAUUUUUAUAGAUAGAGUUUUAAUUGAUAAUGAAUAUGGAAAUAGUAUUUUAGUUACUGAUGAAAAUAAAAUCAAAGAUAUAACUAAAGAUUAUUUUCAAAAUGCAGCUGAUUCGAAAAAUCGUACAAUAGAAGAUUUACAAGAGUGGUCUGAUGAAUAUGAACCGAUAAGAUCAAUUAAUGAAUUAAUUUAUAAUAAUUGCCUUGAACCAAUUACAGAUGACGAAUGGAAUAUCGUAAUUAAGGAUUUACCAAUUAAAAAAGCAGUGGGACCCACAGGAAUUGCAUAUGAUGAGAUUAAGAAAGCUCUGUUAGAGUUUAAUCAAUUAUUAAGGAAUAUUAUAGAUGAAGUUUUGCGAACUCAAAUAAUGCCCAAAGAUUGGAAAUUAGCAAAUAUAUAUCUAAUCCCAAAACCGAAACCUUAG